AUGAACACAACCAGACACUGCAGGGUCGACUUUCACAGCAAGGAGAAUGAGUGGGCCAUCAUCGAUGAGGAAGAGGAGGAGGAGUUGGAGAGGAUGCGACAGAGACGCCAACAGAAGAACGCUAGGUACCUCGUCGCCGGUCUCAUCGUCGUUCUCGUCCCGGCUAUUUGUGGAGUUGUGUGGUGGUUCUGGUAA